AUGGGAACUGCUGAUGCAUUUCUUGAAGUAGCGAAAAUCGAGUUUUUCUAUGAUCAAGCACCUGAAAGCAUGAAGAGUCUUGGGACAUCUUACUCGAUGACAAGUCUUGGAGCAGGGAAUUUUAUAAGCAGCUUUCUUCUUUCAACAGUGUCACGUGUCACAAAAGAGAAUGGACAUCGCGGAUGGAUUCAGAACAACCUUAACGCGUCUCACUUUGAUUAUUACUACGCAUUCUUUGCCAUCUUGAAUAGUUUGAACUUCAUUUUCUUUUUGGUUAUGAUCAAGUUUUAUGUAUACAAGGCAGAAGUCUCUGAUUCAAUGAGAGUGCUAGGGGAAGAAUUGUCAGCAUCGAAGCAUAGGAUAAGUGAUCAAGAAACAACAACUUGA